CGGUCACUGGCAGCCAUUGGGCUAGUAGGAUGACAAAUGUUUGUGUUGAGUCUCAUUCAUCCGUGUCGUGACAGUUCGCAAAGGUGGAAUCAACGCAACAAAUAAAGUCCGUGCACCUUGAAUCAACUCUAUUGGAUUACAAUGUCGAAAGAAGCUUUACAUACAUCGUGCCGUAUGACGUCACAAUUGUGCGUCUGUCAAUUUGAGAAAACGCAAAAAAGCAAUAAUGACCGCGUUAGAAAAUCGACCUCUCGAGGAUUUUGUUGGACUAAACUGGAGUUGUUGGGUGGAUGGGGUGACUAUUGUGACAUCUGACGAAGCUGGUCCAUGGGCUUGGGCCCAAAGUGGCAUCAAGUAUGGAAGGAGUGGCCGUGACAGCGUAAGCCUCUGGAAAGAAGAGAUGCACAUAUUUGGCGAGUGUCCCUCCCGUGACGACUUCUGCUUAGUGGUAUGUGAUCACUGCGGCCAAGUGGUGAAGCUGCAAGCCUUUGAGAGACACUACGAGAGGCAACACGGUCCCCUCCCUAAAACAUGCGCACAGUGGCGUCGCGUGGCCACCCAGCAGGGACCUCAUCCCAACUGCCCUGUUAAACUUUCCUUGUCCAGUUCAUCUUCAGUGGUGAACCCUCCUCUUCCUCACCAGUGUGCUUCUAUACGACUGAGCGGGAGUCCUCCAUCUGAGCUUGGGGGCCUCUGUCGUCCCUCUUGCACUGCUACCUCACCUUCAAAAAGAGCACCCAAUUCUGCAGCUGUCUCUCCAACAGAUCCACAAGGAAAGAAUCCAGCCAGAGAGCGAAUAUGCAAUACUGAAGGUGUUUCGGUGGCCAUGAAACAGCGUGUUGGAGGUCAAGAUGUGGCGCGGCAUCAUUUUGAUGUUCUCAUAGAGAAAACAACAAGCAUGAAAAACUGCCAUGUUCUCAGGGCUUCAUCACAAAGCUUCCCAGAAAAGGAUGUAGAUGGAACUGUCAAUGUGGCGGUCCAAACUCCUUACCCCUUCAACCAGCGCCUUAUGUCCAGCGAGGAGAAUGAGGAUGACGAACGAGAGGGCAUAGCUGACCUGCCUGCCACACCGUGGCACCCCAAACCUCUUGGUAUAUGCACUUUUGGAUGCCGCACGCUAGGAUGCAGCCUCUUCACCUUUGACAGACGCCUGCACCACCUGUGCUUUGCCCUCGCUGCCAUGUUGGAGCAUCAUGUCAGCCCGCACCUGUGGAAGAAAAUACCUCAACUGUCAUCAACUCUCAGGUCACGUCACAUCACAAGUACUUCUGUCAAAAGUGGUGCAGGAUGCUCCUUCAGCAUCGCUACUGCUACUUCCCAACUGGAAAGAACAUCUCAGGCUACCCAAGUGCCCCGGCCAGCCAAUGGUCACGACUGCCGUGGGAAAAAGUCACACAGUCCUCUUUGCUCAGAUUCAAACCGCAGGCCUCUUGCACAAAAGCGAAAAGGCAGCAGAGUUUUACAGCCUCUCAAGUGUCAGCGUAUAAGCCCUCUGCCUUACACUACUGCCAUGUGACCCCAGCAAUAGAAAGAGGUCUGACAGAACGAGUCAACUUUCAGACUCAUGUGUUUGUGAAGCCUACUGGUAUGUUAUUUCUCAGGAUCGGCAAUGAUGUUGCUCAAUUUGACCCUGGCUCCUUUCAGCCCUGGGUAUUUUCUAUUGUUUGUAUUUCAUUAUUGACUAUUAUGUGGAAUAAACUAUUUUGAUUGCAUAUGUUGAUUAAAUGC